AUGUCCACACCCACAGACCCUGGCGCAAUGCCCCACCCGGGGCCUUCGCCGGGGCCCGGGCCCUCCCCAGGACCAAUCCUGGGACCCAGCCCAGGGCCAGGACCAUCCCCGGGUUCCGUCCACAGUAUGAUGGGACCAAGUCCUGGCCCUCCGAGUGUCUCGCACCCGAUGCCGACCAUAGGAUCUGCCGACUUCCCACAGGAGGGUCUCCAUCCUGUGCACAAGCCCCUUGAUGGGAUGCACGACAAGGGAACUGCAGAAGAGAGCCACUGCGGCUCACUGAAGAACACUGGGAUGCGCCCCCCGCACCCAGGAAUGGGCCCUCCCCAGAGUCCCAUGGACCAACACAGCCAAGGUUAUUUGUCCCCACACCCGUCUCCGCUGGGAGCCCCAGAGCACGUGUCCAGCCCUAUGUCUGGUGGGGGCCCAACACCACCCCAGAUGCCAUCCAGCCAGCCAGGCCCCCUCAUCCCCACCGAUUCGCAGGCCAUGAGCCAGCCCAUUAGGGGCUCUUCGCCUUUCAGCCCUGUCCAGCUACACCAGCUUCGAGCUCAGAUUUUAGCUUACAAGAUGCUGGCCCGUGGCCAGCCCCUCCCGGAAACUCUGCAGCUUGCAGUCCAGGGGAAAAGGGCAUUACCUGGUAUGCAACAACAACCGCCGCAGCAGCAGCCGCAGCCCCAGCCCCAGCCACCGCAGCCUCAGCCGCAGCCGCAGCAACCAGCCCUGGUUACCUUCAACAGACCAUCUGGCCCAGGGCCUGAGAUGAGUGGCACAAGCACCCCGCAGAAGCUGCCCACACCCGCGCCCAGUGGCCGGCCAUCGCCUGCGCCCCCUGCCGCCGCGCAGCCCCCGGCCGCUGCCGUGCCAGGACCAUCGGCGCCGCAGGCUCCCGGGCAGCCUUCGCCCAUCCUGCAGCUGCAGCAGAAACAAAGCCGCAUCAGCCCCAUCCAGAAGCCUCAAGGUCUGGACCCCGUGGAGAUACUGCAGGAGCGCGAAUACAGACUCCAGGCCCGCAUUGCUCACAGGAUACAAGAGCUAGAAAACCUGCCAGGCUCCCUGCCACCAGAUUUACGGACUAAAGCCACCGUGGAACUGAAGGCUCUUCGGUUACUCAAUUUCCAACGUCAGCUGAGGCAGGAGGUGGUGGCCUGCAUGCGUCGGGACACAACCCUGGAGACGGCUCUAAACUCCAAGGCCUACAAACGCAGCAAGCGCCAGACGCUGAGGGAAGCACGCAUGACGGAGAAGCUGGAGAAACAGCAAAAGAUUGAGCAGGAGCGGAAGAGGAGACAGAAACACCAGGAAUAUCUGAACAGUAUUUUGCAACAUGCGAAGGACUUUAAGGAGUACCACCGCUCUGUGGCCGGGAAAAUCCAGAAGCUCUCCAAAGCUGUGGCCACGUGGCACGCCAACACCGAAAGGGAGCAGAAGAAAGAGACAGAACGGAUCGAGAAGGAGAGGAUGCGGAGGUUGAUGGCUGAGGAUGAAGAAGGCUACCGGAAGCUGAUUGAUCAAAAGAAAGACAGACGCCUAGCCUACCUUUUGCAGCAGACCGACGAGUAUGUGGCUAACCUGACCAAUCUGGUGUGGGAGCACAAGCAAGCCCAGGCAGCCAAAGAGAAGAAGAAGAGGAGGAGGAGAAAGAAGAGGGCUGAAGAGAACGCAGAAGGAGGAGAGUCUGCCCUGGGGCCCGACGGAGAGCCCAUAGAUGAGAGCAGCCAGAUGAGCGAUCUGCCCGUCAAGGUGACCCACACGGAAACUGGCAAGGUCCUCUUUGGCCCAGAAGCUCCCAAAGCCAGUCAGCUGGACGCCUGGCUGGAGAUGAACCCCGGCUACGAAGUGGCCCCGAGGUCGGACAGUGAGGAGAGUGAUUCUGAUUAUGAAGAGGAGGACGAGGAAGAAGAGUCUAGUCGGCAGGAAACAGAAGAGAAAAUAUUUCUGGAUCCUAACAGUGAGGACGUCUCGGAGAAGGAUGCCAAGCAGAUUAUUGAGACGGCCAAGCAAGACGUGGAUGAUGAGUACAGCAUGCAGUAUAGUGCGCGGGGUUCCCAGUCCUACUACACCGUGGCGCACGCCAUUUCCGAGCGGGUGGAGAAGCAAUCAGCCCUCCUCAUCAACGGGACCUUGAAGCAUUACCAGCUCCAGGGUUUGGAGUGGAUGGUUUCCCUGUAUAACAACAACCUGAAUGGGAUCUUAGCGGAUGAGAUGGGUCUGGGGAAGACGAUCCAGACCAUCGCACUCAUCACAUACCUGAUGGAACACAAAAGGCUCAAUGGCCCCUAUCUCAUCAUCGUGCCCCUUUCGACUUUAUCCAACUGGACAUACGAGUUUGAUAAAUGGGCCCCUUCGGUGGUGAAGAUUUCCUACAAGGGUACACCUGCCAUGCGACGCUCCCUUGUGCCCCAGCUGCGGAGUGGCAAAUUCAACGUGCUCUUGACCACCUAUGAGUACAUUAUCAAAGACAAGCACAUUCUUGCCAAGAUCCGGUGGAAAUACAUGAUCGUGGACGAAGGGCACCGGAUGAAGAACCACCACUGUAAGCUGACCCAGGUCUUAAACACACACUACGUGGCACCAAGAAGGGUUCUCUUAACGGGGACCCCGCUGCAGAACAAGCUGCCUGAACUCUGGGCUCUCCUCAACUUCCUCCUGCCUACGAUUUUCAAGAGCUGUAGCACCUUCGAGCAGUGGUUCAACGCCCCAUUUGCCAUGACCGGAGAGCGGGUGGACUUAAAUGAAGAGGAAACCAUAUUGAUCAUCAGACGUCUGCACAAGGUGCUGAGACCUUUCUUGCUGAGGAGACUCAAGAAGGAAGUUGAAUCCCAGCUUCCGGAAAAAGUCGAGUACGUGAUCAAGUGUGACAUGUCGGCGCUGCAGAAGAUUCUGUACCGCCACAUGCAAGCCAAGGGGAUCCUCCUCACGGAUGGUUCUGAGAAAGACAAGAAGGGGAAAGGAGGCGCUAAGACACUCAUGAAUACUAUCAUGCAAUUGAGGAAAAUCUGCAACCAUCCCUACAUGUUUCAGCACAUUGAGGAAUCUUUUGCUGAACAUUUGGGUUAUUCAAAUGGAGUCAUCAAUGGGGCUGAGCUGUAUCGGGCCUCGGGGAAGUUCGAGCUACUGGACCGGAUUCUGCCCAAGCUGAGGGCCACAAACCACCGGGUGCUACUCUUCUGCCAGAUGACGUCACUCAUGACCAUAAUGGAGGACUACUUUGCCUUCCGGAACUUUCUAUACCUGCGCCUUGAUGGCACUACAAAAUCCGAAGACCGCGCUGCUCUGCUGAAGAAAUUCAAUGAACCAGGGUCCCAGUAUUUCAUUUUCUUACUGAGCACGAGAGCCGGAGGACUGGGCUUAAAUCUUCAGGCGGCCGACACUGUGGUCAUCUUUGACAGCGACUGGAACCCCCAUCAGGAUCUGCAGGCGCAGGACCGUGCUCACCGCAUCGGGCAGCAGAACGAGGUACGGGUGCUGAGACUCUGCACCGUGAACAGCGUGGAGGAGAAGAUCUUGGCUGCUGCCAAGUACAAGCUGAACGUGGACCAGAAGGUCAUCCAGGCGGGCAUGUUUGACCAGAAGUCUUCCAGCCACGAGCGCCGGGCCUUCCUGCAGGCCAUCCUGGAACACGAGGAGGAAAACGAGGAAGAAGACGAGGUCCCGGAUGAUGAGACGCUGAACCAGAUGAUUGCUCGGCGCGAAGAAGAAUUUGAUCUUUUCAUGCGUAUGGACAUGGACCGGCGCCGGGAGGAUGCUCGGAAUCCAAAGCGUAAGCCUCGCCUCAUUGAGGAAGAUGAGCUGCCCUCCUGGAUCAUCAAGGAUGAUGCUGAGGUCGAGAGGCUCACGUGUGAGGAAGAGGAGGAGAAGAUCUUCGGCAGAGGGUCUCGCCAGCGCCGGGACGUGGACUACAGCGACGCCCUAACCGAGAAGCAGUGGCUGAGGGCCAUUGAAGACGGCAAUUUGGAAGAAAUGGAAGAGGAAGUGCGGCUGAAGAAGCGAAAAAGACGAAGAAAUGUGGAUAAGGAUCCCGUGAAAGAAGAUGUGGAGAAAGCUAAGAAGAGGAGAGGUCGCCCACCAGCCGAGAAACUGUCACCCAACCCCCCCAAACUGACCAAACAGAUGAACGCAAUCAUUGAUACUGUGAUCAACUACAAAGACAGGUGUAACGUGGAGAAGGUGCCCAGUAAUUCUCAGUUGGAAAUAGAAGGAAACAGUUCCGGGCGGCAGCUCAGCGAAGUCUUUAUUCAGUUACCUUCCAGAAAAGAGUUACCAGAAUACUAUGAAUUAAUUAGGAAGCCUGUGGACUUCAAAAAAAUAAAGGAGAGAAUCCGUAACCACAAGUACCGAAGCCUGGGCGACCUCGAGAAAGACGUCAUGCUUCUCUGCCACAAUGCGCAGACCUUCAAUUUGGAAGGCUCCCAGAUCUACGAAGACUCCAUUGUCUUGCAGUCUGUGUUUAAGAGCGCCCGGCAGAAAAUUGCCAAAGAGGAAGAGAGUGAAGACGAAAGCAAUGAAGAGGAGGAGGAGGAAGAUGAAGAAGAGUCUGAAUCGGAAGCAAAAUCUGUGAAGGUGAAAAUCAAGCUGAACAAAAAAGAUGAGAAACGCCGGGAAAAGGGCAAAGGCAAGAAGAGGCCAAAUCGAGGGAAAGCCAAACCCGUUGUGAGCGAUUUUGACAGUGACGAGGAAGAGGAUGACAAUGAACAGUCAGAAGCAAGCGCGACCGAUGACGAGUAA